CUAUCAUCUUUUCUCUUUCUGAUUUUUCUUCAUUUCAUUCUGUUUGUUCAUCUAUGGUGGAAUUAUACAAGAGAAAUUGAUGUUUGUGCUGAAAAGGAAGAAGCUUGUUCAAUUUUAGUUGAAGUAAGCGGGAGGUCUUGAGUUCGACUCUCAAUGAGAGCAUAAUGUUUUUUUUAAAACUCCCUUUUGACAUUUUUUUUGUUCUCCUUGUUCAAACCGAAAUGAGUCAAUGACUUCCUUCGUUUCAUGUAUUGGUGGCUUCCGGCGAGGACGCUAUAACGAUGGACGUCCUCUUCAAAUCGAUCGACGUCCGAGAUCUUCUUUCCGUGCCGGACGUCGACGACGCUUCGGCACCGCUGUCCGCACCGGAUCUCCGCCUUCUCAUCGACCAACUCCAACUCCGCUCUGGCGACAUUAAAUCUAAAGUCCGUCAGUACAUUCUCUCCCACAACUCAGAUUUCUCUGCGCUGUUCUCGCAGUGCUCCGACGUCGUUUCGAGAUCGGAAGACCUCUCCGGUCAAGUCUCCGACUUGCUCCGUCUCCUGUCGGACCGACCUGUAGAAGUUACUACAAAAGCUGUGAUUGAUGAAAUUGUUGCGAAGCAGAGAGAGCUGAGGGAGAAGAGGGUUUUACUAGAGCUAGUGGGAGUUUUUUUGGGGCUUAGUGAAAAGAUAGUGCUUGUGAGAGAGGAAUUGAAGGCCGGGAGUGUGGAAAAAGCAGCCUUGGCUAUGAAGGACUUGAAGGAGGCUCUGCAAGUCUGCGAGAAUGACCUGCCUACAGAGGGGAAGCCACCCCCUUUAGUGUAUAAUCUGUUGCAGAAACAAUGGAGUGAGUGCUUUGAAGAGAUACAAGAGCUUCUUUUAAAAUGUAUAGAAGAUGCUGUGCGCUUUGAGCAUGGAAGCAUUACAGUUCACUUUAAGCAUCAAAGCACCCGUGAGACUGAGCUCUCAACAGUUUUAAAAGCCAUGGAAGCUGUCUGCAUAAUGGAUUAUGGACUUGCAAAAGUAGCAGAUUCAUUGAUUAAGACUAUUGUUACUCCAUUAGUAGUCAAUUGGUCGACUACUUACUAUGUGAAAGACAUACCUAACAAAUCAGGGAGUAGUGCUGAUUCAGUUUUGAGGAUAGUCCCUUCAACUGAGCACAAGUCUGACUGUUCAAGAGGUGAAGCCAUGUAUUCGGCCCUGGUUGAAAUUGUCAAGUUUAUCUACAAAUCACUGUUCUUUGAAAAUGAUACUUGGAUGCGCCAUUUUGGCAAACUGACAUGGCCGAGGAUGUCAGAGUUGAUCAUUUCAAACUUUUUGUCCAAGGUUGUCCCUGAUGAUGCUUCCAAACUUGUAGACUUUCAAAAAGUUGUAGAAUGCACAUACAAGUUUGAGACAGCUUUGAAAGAUUGGGCAUUCAUAUCAUCAUCUGAUAGCAAGGAUGAAAGGUUGAUGAACUUUGCUGAUAAUGUUGAAGUCCAUUUUGCUUCAAGAAAGAAAGUUGAAAUCCUGACUAAGGCUAGAAAUUUGCUUAUGCAAUCUGACUUCCAAUUUCGUGAAGGCAUUGCGAAUGGAAUUCAAGUCAAGGAUGAAUUCAAUGGCAACACCACCUGUAAUCAUGUAGUUGAUUUGCUUUUUUCAUCUGAAAGGUGUAUGGUGUCUGAAGCAGCAUAUGAACUAAUGAAGUCAGUGCAUCAGAUACUCAUGGACGUUUGCAUGCUAUCUCCAAGAGUGGGAGUUGAGCUUUACCAAGCUGCUCGAGAUUCGCUUCUUCUCUAUGAAGCCAUUUUGCCAGUUAAGCUUGAAAAGCAACUGGAUUCCAUCAAUCAUGCAGCUGUUCUGAUCCAUAAUGACUGUCUGUAUUUCUCCCAGGAGAUUCUUGGGCUUGCAUUUGAGUAUCGCUCAAACUUCCCCAGUUUGAUUAAAGAGAUUGCAGUGUUUGUGGAUUUGGCCCCAAGGUUUGAGAUGAUGGCAGAAGAAGUAUUACAGAGACAAAUUCGACUUGUUCUUCUUAACCUAGAACAGGCCAUUGAUGGUGCUGACGGAUUUCAAAAUACCCAUCUCAUUAAGCAAUAUGAAUCUGCUAAACUGAGUAUUGACCAGGUUGUCUUUAUACUUGAGAAAGUUCAUAUUGUUUGGAAGUGUUUACUGCUACCUUCCACAUAUAAGAGUAGUAUGAGCAUUGUUCUUGAGGCAAUAUUUUCUAGAGUAGCAAAGGACAUACUUCUAAUAGAUGAUAUGGCAGCUGAAGAAACAUUGCAGGUUCAAAGUUUGAUUCACUUGCUAUUUGAAAACCUUCAACCAUUUAUGGAUUUCCUUCAGGCCAUCAUUCAGAGAGAGAAGUUACAGGAUUACCCCCUGCAAACUAUUGAUGAUCUCAUACCAUCAUUUCGGAAGUUGAAGAAGCUGGAAGCUCUUUUGGACAUGCCAUUGAAGUUGAUCACCGAAUCUUGGGAAAGUGGUGAACUUGUCAUUUGUGGUUUUACAUCAUCCGAGGUGAAAAACUUCAUCAUAUCCAUAUUUACGAAGUCAACAAUGCGAAACGAAUGUAUACAUAGAAUAGAGGCCGCCGCAUUUGGCUAAGACGUGUUCACCAGGAUUUGAGUUUUCUUGUAGCUGUGUACUUAGGUCAUGUGUUAUACGGAGUAUAUUGUUUUCUCUUGAAGUUCAUAGAUAUGUUCAACAAAUCAUCAGAUGUACUGCAACAAACAUUUUUAAUCUCACUCAUUUUUUGUGAUUAA